CAACGGCUGGAGCCUGUUUGGGAGCCGCCGCGGGCCCCCGGAGCCGGCCACCAUGUACUGCCUGCAGUGGCUGCUGCCCGUCCUGCUCAUCCCCAAGCCCCUCAACCCGGCCUUGUGGUUCAGUCACUCGAUGUUCAUGGGCUUCUACCUGCUCAGUUUCCUCCUGGAGCGGAAGCCUUGCACRAUCUGUGCCUUGGUCUUCCUGGCAGCCUUAUUCCUCAUCUGCUACAGCUGCUGGGGGAACUGCUUCUUGUACCACUGCACAGGGUCCCAGCUGCCGGAAUCAGCUCACGAUCCCAGCAUAGUAGGCACCUAGAACCCAACAAUCCCCCAGUCUGCUGACAGCUCUGGUUUGGCUUUUWAAAAAGGGGGGCUAGGGAGGAGGGAGGGGUGUUCAGCCUGUUCCCUCUAAGGUGUGUGUGGACUAGAAGGGUAAAUUCCUCACCAGCCCUCCCACUCUGCCUGUGAAUUCCGACUCGUUUACUGUGUGAACUCUGGCAGUGCCACCGAAAGGAAACACAUCUUUUUUUUCCUUCCCAUAUCACUGGGAACRGACACCAGCCCUCCCAGCUGAGCACCAGUGGAGGAAGGAGCUGUUGCCUCUGCCCGACUGUUGCAUGGUGGAGUUGUGUGUCACUCACCUGUCUGCAUCAGGCCACGGUGGCCUAACUUAGGCCUAACUUAGGGCUCUCAGCCUGCUGAUUCUGCUCAAGUAAACAAGAUUCUCACCAUCUUUCUGCGCGUGGGGAGCCAGCCCCAAGAUCAAGGGAAGGUUCAACAGCUGACAGAUGCACUUGGCCAAAAGCUGCUGGAGCCAGAGGCGGUUGAGUCGUCAUCUCCUGCUCUUCCUGCCAAAGAGGUGUGUGCUGCACAAGUGCUUUCUGAACUCCUCCUGCUGCCAGGUCACAGCCUGAAAACCUCAGUUAUGUUGCUGCUUUUACAGAGACUCACGCAGUGGAGAUGUCCUCUUCCCCUUCUAGAUUUCUAGGCUUCACUGACUGUUGGGACGAAGAACAGUUACGGUGCAAGAUGUGGGGUUUCCAAAGCCGCUCUAUAAACCUCA